AUGGCGAGCCCCGAGAAGGUCGCUGAGCUGGCGGCGCGACUGCGUAGCCUCGCUGAUAGCAUAUCGACCCACGAAGAUCCUCACGAAAGAUCCAAGACGUCGCUCCAAGAGGCUGCGGUGGAGUUGGAGCAGACUGUCACCAAGUUCCACUCACGCGGCGAUGCUCACGUACUGGUGCUGAUUGAUGCGCAUAGUCAUCCGUUCUGUAACGAUGUCUACCACGAGUCCUCCGAGCACGUCUACUCCGAGUUCGAAAGAGUCAAGCCAUUUAACAUCAAGAGUCGUCUUCAGAAAGCAAUUAAGAAUUACUUGAUCGGUAUAUCCGCGGUUGCAGCACUCGGGUCGUCUCGACUGAUUGUGCGCCUAUAUGCCAACUCGUCCAAGUUAGAGAAUGAUCUACUUCGCCCGCUUCAGCAAUUUGCUGUUCAAUUCUCCUCGAUUGACGCCGACUUCGACUUCAUCGGCGUUCAAGAUGAAGCUACGGUAGAACUCAAAGUCUCUAAUGCCUUCGAAACAGCUCGUCACACGAUCUCUCCUACGUCGACACUCACUAUGAUUGCGACGUUGAACCUACUACGCCGAACGAUACUACGGAUGCGCAUCGUCAAGAACUUCGACUUCCGUAUCUUCGAGACGCAAAACGUGGCCAUGUACCCGUCAACGAAGCUGGGCAUCGUCUAG